AUGUCUUCCAGGUGGCUCCUUCUCUGUCAUGCUCUGUGCUUCUCCCUGUUGAAGGCUUCGGCCCACACUGUGGAGCUAAAUGAUAUGUUUGGCCAGAUCCAGUCACCCGGCUAUCCAGACUCCUAUCCGAGUGACUCGGAGGUGACUUGGAAUAUCACUGUCCCGGAAGGCUUUCGUAUCAAGCUUUACUUCAUGCACUUCAACUUGGAAUCCUCCUAUCUUUGUGAAUAUGACUAUGUGAAGGUAGAAACUGAAGAUCAGGUGCUGGCAACAUUUUGUGGCAGAGAGACCACAGACACAGAGCAGACCCCUGGCCAGGAAGUGGUCCUUUCCCCUGGCUCCUUCAUGUCCAUCACUUUCCGGUCAGAUUUCUCCAAUGAGGAACGAUUCACGGGCUUUGACGCCCACUACAUGGCUGUGGAUGUGGACGAAUGCAAGGAGAGGGAGGACGAGGAGCUGUCCUGUGACCACUACUGCCACAACUACAUUGGCGGCUACUACUGCUCCUGCCGCUUCGGCUACAUCCUCCACACAGACAACAGAACCUGCCGAGUGGAGUGCAGUGACAACCUGUUUACCCAGAGGACCGGCGUGAUCACCAGCCCCGAUUAUCCCAACCCUUAUCCCAAGAGCUCUGAAUGCUUCUACACCAUCGAGCUAGAGGAGGGUUUCAUGAUCAGCCUGCAGUUUGAAGACAUUUUUGACAUUGAGGACCACCCCGAGGUGCCCUGCCCCUAUGACUACAUCAAGAUUAAAGUGGGUGAAAAUGUCUGGGGACCCUACUGUGGAGAGAAAGCCCCAGAAGCCAUCAGUACCCAGAGCCACAGUGUCCAGAUCCUGUUCCGCAGCGAUAACUCGGGAGAGAACCGGGGCUGGAGGCUCUCAUACAGAGCUGCAGGAAACGAAUGCUCAGAGCUGCAGCCUCCCGACCAGGGGAAAAUCGAGCCUUUGCAGGCCAAGUAUUUCUUCAAAGACCAAGUGCUCGUCAGCUGUGACACGGGCUACAAAGUGCUGAAGGACGAUGUGGAGAUGGACACCUUCCAGAUCGAGUGUCUGAAGGAUGGGACUUGGAGUAACAAGAUUCCUACCUGCAAAAUGGUAGACUGUGGAGUCCCAGCAGAGCUGGAGCACGGGCUGCUCACCUUCUCCUCCAGGAGCAACCUCACUACGUACAUGUCUGAGAUCACAUACUCCUGUCAGCAGCCCUAUUACCAGCUGCUGCACAAUGGCUCAGGUGUGUAUAUCUGCUCUGCCCAAGGCAUCUGGACAAAUGAAGUCCUGGGGAGAAGCCUGCCCACCUGCAUUCCAGAGUGUGGUUUCCCCAAGUUCUCCCGCACGCUGAUGGCCAGGAUCUUCAAUGGACGCCCAGUGCAGACUGGCACUGCUCCCUGGAUCGCCAUGCUGUCCCACCUGAAUGAGCAGCCCUUCUGUGGGGGCUCCCUUCUAGGCUCCCGCUGGGUCGUGACCGCCGCUCACUGCCUCCACCAGUCGCUGGAUCCCAAGGAGUCCACCCUGCGUGAUGAAGACCUGAUCAGCCCCUCUGACUUCAAAGUCAUCAUGGGCAAGCACUGGAGGCUCCGGUCAGAUGAAAAUGAACAGCGGCUCAGCGUCAAGCGCGUCAUCCUCCAUCCCCAGUACAAACCCAGCACCUUUGAGAACGAUGUGGCUCUGCUGGAGCUGCUGGCGGGCCCGACGCUGAACCACUUCGUGAUGCCCAUCUGCCUGCCCGAGGAGCCCCCAGCAGAAGGAGCCAUGGUCAUCGUCAGCGGCUGGGGAAAGCAGUUCUUGCACAGAUUCCCGGAGACGCUGAUGGAGAUUGAAAUCCCGAUUGUCAAUCACCACACCUGCCAGGAGGCCUACGCCCAGAUACAGAAGAAGGUGACCAAGGACAUGAUCUGUGCCGGCGAGAAGGCAGGGGGGAAGGAUGCCUGUGCAGGCGACUCUGGAGGCCCCAUGGUGACCCUGGAUAGAGAAAGAGGCCAGUGGUACCUGGUGGGCACAGUGUCCUGGGGCGAGGACUGCGGGAAGAAGGAGCGCUACGGGGUGUAUUCCGACAUCUACCACAACAAGGACUGGAUCCAGAGGGUCACCGGAGUGAAGAACUGAGCUCCGGCACCUGCCCGCUCUGCAUGGCUCCCUGGGUGGCUGCCCCGCGAGUUUCCUCAUCUGUAAGGGGAAUGUCACCCUUUACCUACCUCCCAGACGCCUGCUGAGACUACAUUAAUUAAUACGCUCAGAGCGCUCCCACAGCGCCUGGCAUAAACUGAGGGCUCUGUAAACGCGACUCCGCAGACAGAAUUCCCCUAUAAACCCCUGGCUGGUCCUUAGGGCGAGCUAGCGACACCUCCUCCCCCUCAGCCUCGCCCGGGCCUUCAUCUGACCCCGGAUGCUCUGGGCUUCCUGGCCACCGUGCAAUUUUCCUAAGCCCAAUCCCUGCCCUUCCCUCUAAGGAAGCAAAGGAGACACCUUGCAGAGUCUCCUGCCAUGUCCCAUGGCAGCGCAGUUACAGACAUGAACUAGAGAUGAAAUUGUGAGUGCGCUGAAGCAGAGGAGGAGGGAGAAUGGGAGGGUGACUUGGGAAGUCAGACUCAUGGUUCUAGAAUCAGCUGUGCCCCCAGCUCCCUGGGUGACCCUAUGCAAGUCCUUUCCCCUGCCCUAUCCCAGCUCCAAGGGCCCUCCCAGCUCUGAUUAUCUAGGGCACAAUGAGACCAUCGUCUCUCUAGUGAGAAGUAAGCACAGGCAAAAAUUCCACUAGGUUCAAGGAGAUUUGAUGCACACAAAAUGCGGCACCCACCCCAGCCACCAUGCCUGGCUCCCGGGGACAUAGCCAGGAAAAGUGCUGGCCAAGGGAUCCCUCCUUGUACCUAGGCAGCGUCCGCUCUGGGACCCAGCCUUCUUUCCCUUCCUACACAGGUGGGCCCUGGGAGGGGCGGGGGAGGAUGGACCUCAGGCACUCACAGCCUCCCUCUUCACAUUCAUAGCUAGCCCCAGGCAGCCAAUACCCUACACCCCGUAGCCAUGUGAGGCCGUGAAUGCCCCCUCCCCACACACACAGAAUGCCUCUCCCAUCCAGGAGUCACCUCAUCUCUCAGAAAGCUUCUAGGGAACCCAUCCCCUCCAGAGCUCCAAGCUAGAAGGUGUUGAAGGAGCAGAAGCCCCAGGUGCCCAUCUUCAUGGAAGACUUGAGGCCUUGAUCUGACUGCAGCUGCUGAAGUCUCCUACGGAUAGAGGAAGGCACUGAGGGAAGAGAGCCUAUGGGCGUAGUAAGCCCUAGGCUGGACACUCAGGUGAUUCAGCGCGUGCCUGUAGUUCCCUGAUCCGGUCUGUCUACCUCUCUGUGCUCUGCUGCCUAUUCUGUAAAGCAAAGAUGGCAACGUGACUCAGCUCCAACAGACACUCACCGUGCAAGCUGGAGCUCUUUGUUCAAUGCCAAAGAAUUGGGAUGCAAAGUUUUGCAUUUACCUGAAGCAUCCCAAGACACCACAGCUUCCCAUUCAGCUGCUAGCUUUGGGUGCCCUGCAUGCUUCAGGCUGUGCUGAUGACCUCAGGGACCAUGAACAUGGGGAGAGCAUGCAUCACACGCCCCCAGCAGCUCCUUGUGGGGGGUGUGGCACAUACCUAUGUGACUACCUGCUAAGGGGAUGAGCUCCCACUGACUGCUAUGGAGGGAGAAGGAAGGCCGUUCUGGUAUGGAGGUGCUGGGGCUGGGGCACCAGGAAGGCUUCCUGGAGGAGAUGGUGCAGGAGCAGAGCCUUGAGGAGGAGGGGCAUUUCCAAAGCUAGGAUGGAGAAGAGCUGUGCAGAUGGGGAGAGAACAGGAAUCAGCGUCCACUCAAGCUUUCCUCAGAACCUACCAUCUCCACCCACAGAGUGUAGCAGACCCUGCGGACCAGAGCGCAUACCUGCAACAGUCUCUCAUCUUAGAGCCGAUUACCAAACUGGAUUAGAACCUUCUCAGGCUGUGAGUGCAGAUACUGACCUUGUCCGGCCUGGUUCACCCUGCUGAUUCUCCCACCUGCAACUCCAUCCCGAUUCUGAAAAAAGCUCUAUGUGGCUUUGGAAUCUCAGUUUCCCCUUGAUCCAAAGCCACAUGGGACAGGUCCCAACUCUUCUACUGCUGUUAAGGUCCAGGACACCCAAAUCUCUCCCAGCACCGGAGAAGCAGAGGGCCAGAGCGCCCACUACAACUGCCUUCUCUAACUCCAGGGCCUCAUUCUUGAAUAUUCGUAGGAACGAGAAACUCACUACCUCCACGUGUAGCCCAUUCCAAUUUUAAAAGUCCUGCCUCCAAAAAGGUUCUCUCUUCUCUGCAACCCAAAUCGACCUCCCUGUAUAACAAAAGUGAUGGUUUCUGACCACAAGUGGCGUUGUUAGCAGUAAUGCUCAUGCCCGGAUCUCAUUAGCAACAGAAGUUGUGCUUAUGGGAAACUACACAUUUGUUCCAAUAAACAUCUGCACUGAGUCAAAA